AUGCCUCCCAAGCCCUCGUCACCAGGGUCACCCGUGCCCCAAAAACGCAAAGAACCACCUUCCGCAGAUCAACCAUCCAAGCGUCCUCGAUCACAGCCCCCCUCUUCCACAACCACGUCCAAAUCAACCCUCAUCCCACCCCACGAAGCUAUCAUCGCCGAGCUCCAACCAAAGUACCACGUUCUCGCUGCGUCUGUAAUAUCGUCAACACAGAUCCGGAAGCGUGUCUCACAAACUCUCGCGCACUUGAAUUCCGCAUCAGACCAGCCGAACGUGGUGUUGCUGCACUCGCGAACGGGAGAGGUGUGCAAGAUGAUUACCAUUGUGGAGCAAUGCAAGAGGCUGUUGAAGGAGGAGGGGAAGACGUGGUUUCAGUACAAUGAAAUGUUUGAGGUGCCGGAGAGGGAGAGGAAGGAUGUAGUUGAGGAGACGGUUCUUGAAAAGGAUGGCGAAGACGAGGACCCGGAUGGGGAUGAUUUUGAGGUCAUGGCGAGUCGGUUUGAGGAGGCGGUUAUGCCGGAGCCGUCGAGGAGGGUGGUUAAGUCUUUGAGGGUGUUUUUGAGUGUUGGAGAGGUGGGGGACUUGAAGAACAGGAAAGGCGUUACGGUUCAGUCGAGCGAGGGUGCUUGA